AUGUGGCAAAACCAACCACAACCGAUUAACUUUAAUCAGUAUGGACAACAUGGAAAUGGUAACAAUUAUUAUGAUAUUUUGCCUGUAACGACGACCCUGAAUCCGAAUCCGAAUGCUUCAAUUGAUUUCGUGGUGACUCAAGUGGAUACGUUGGCCAAUCAGAUUAACACUUUGGUGGCAGAUAGUGAAGCCGCGGGUCUUCAAAUCGCUGAUAGAGCAAAAAGAGAGUCUCGGGUGGAGCACACCGAUUUGAGCUCCACCAUUCCUCCUCUCCCGUAUUGUGUUUGUCGAGCGGCGAGGCGAAGAAGAAGCGGGAGCUGCGCGGGAGCACUGAGAGAGCAUGAAGAAAGUAUGGAGGAGAAAGGAAAAACACAAUAG